CCUUCAAUCUCAAAAGGAGGAUGUCGGAAUCUGAAGGCGGGAAAGACAACACUCCAGACCCCAGUCCAGCCAAUGGAGAAUGCCCUGGUCCUGAAUGGGGGCUGUCCGCUGGAGCUCCAGCAGUGGGGGAUGACAUUAGUGGAUCAUCGGCUCUGGGGACCCCUAGACGAAAGACCCAGCACAGCAAGCACAAGACAGUGGCAGUGGCCAGUGCUCAGCGGUCACCCCGGGCACUCUUCUGCCUCACCCUAGCCAAUCCCCUGCGGAGAUCCUGCAUCAGCAUUGUAGAAUGGAAGCCCUUUGACAUCCUCAUCCUGCUCACCAUCUUUGCCAAUUGCGUGGCUCUGGGGGUCUACAUCCCCUUCCCUGAAGAUGACUCCAACACCGCUAAUCACAACCUGGAGCAAGUGGAGUACGUCUUUCUGGUGAUUUUCACUGUGGAGACCGUACUCAAGAUUGUGGCCUAUGGGCUGGUGCUCCACCCCAGCGCCUAUAUCCGCAAUGGCUGGAACCUUCUCGAUUUCAUCAUCGUUGUGGUCGGGCUGUUCAGCGUGCUUCUGGAGCAGGGCCCUGGACGGCCGGGUGAUGCCCCGCAUACUGGGGGGAAGCCAGGGGGCUUUGAUGUGAAGGCGUUGCGGGCGUUCCGUGUGCUGCGGCCACUGAGGCUGGUGUCUGGGGUCCCAAGCCUGCACAUUGUGCUAAAUUCCAUCAUGAAGGCACUCGUGCCGCUGCUGCACAUCGCCCUGCUUGUUCUCUUCGUCAUCAUCAUUUAUGCCAUCAUUGGCCUUGAGCUGUUCCUCGGACGCAUGCACAAGACGUGCUACUUUCUCGGAUCAGAUGUGGAAGCAGAGGAGGACCCAUCGCCCUGUGCAUCUUCUGGCUCUGGACGGGCAUGCACACUGAACCAGACCGAGUGCCGAGGACGUUGGCCAGGGCCCAAUGGUGGCAUCACCAACUUCGACAACUUCUUCUUUGCCAUGCUCACAGUCUUCCAGUGCAUCACCAUGGAAGGCUGGACCGACGUGCUUUACUGGAUGCAGGAUGCCAUGGGGUAUGAGUUGCCCUGGGUGUACUUCGUAAGCCUGGUCAUCUUUGGGUCCUUCUUCGUCCUCAACCUUGUACUUGGUGUUCUGAGUGGGGAAUUCUCCAAGGAGAGGGAGAAAGCUAAAGCCCGGGGAGACUUCCAGAAACUUCGAGAGAAGCAACAGAUGGAGGAGGAUCUACGGGGCUACCUGGACUGGAUCACACAGGCAGAGGAGCUGGACCUCGAGGACCCCUUGGCAGAUGGCAACUCUGGCUUUGUGGCUGAAGAGGGCCGGACCGGCCACCGGCCACAGCUGGCCGAGCUGACCAGUAGGAGGCGUGGACAUCUUCGCUGGUUCAGUCACUCUACUCGCUCCACGCACUCUACCAGCAGCCAUGCCAGUCUUCCAGCCAGUGACACAGGCUCCAUGGCAGAGACCACGGGUGACGAAGAUGAAGAGGAAGGGCCUCUGGCUGGCUGUACACGCUGCCUAAACAAGAUCAUGAAAACCAGGGUCUGCCGCCGCCUCCGUAGAGUCAACAGGAGCCUCCGAGCACGUUGCAGGCGGGCUGUGAAGUCCAAUGCCUGUUACUGGGCCGUGCUGCUGCUUGUCUUUCUCAACACGCUGACCAUUGCCUCGGAGCACCACGGACAGCCAGUAUGGCUCACCCAGACCCAGGAGUAUGCCAACAAAGUGCUGCUGUGUCUGUUCACGGUGGAGAUGCUUCUCAAGUUGUAUGGUCUGGGCCCCUCUGUCUACGUCUCCUCCUUCUUCAAUCGCUUUGACUGCUUCGUGGUGUGUGGGGGUAUCCUGGAGACCACCUUGGUGGAGGUGGGCGCCAUGCAGUCCCUGGGUAUCUCAGUGCUGCGAUGCGUGCGCCUCCUCAGAAUCUUUAAGGUCACCAGACACUGGGCAUCUCUGAGCAACCUGGUGGCAUCACUGCUCAAUUCAAUGAAAUCCAUCGCGUCCUUGCUGCUCCUCCUCUUCCUCUUCAUCAUCAUCUUCUCUCUGCUCGGCAUGCAGCUGUUUGGGGGCAAGUUCAACUUUGACCAGACUCAAACUAAGCGAAGCACGUUUGACACCUUCCCCCAGGCCCUACUCACGGUCUUUCAGAUCCUAACAGGUGAGGAUUGGAAUGUAGUCAUGUAUGAUGGCAUCAUGGCCUAUGGUGGCCCCUUCUUCCCAGGGAUGCUAGUGUGUGUCUAUUUCAUCAUUCUCUUCAUCUGUGGCAACUACAUCCUGUUGAACGUGUUUCUUGCCAUUGCUGUGGACAACCUGGCCAGUGGAGAUGCAGGAACUGCCAAAGACAAGGGCAGAGAGAAGAAUAGCAAGGGCAAUCCCCCACAGGAAAAUGGAGUGUUGGUGCCUGAUGGUGAGAAGGACGAUGAGGAGGGUGUAAAGACUGAACGAACAGGCAUGGAAGAGGAGGAAGAAGAAGAGGAAGAGGAAGAGGAGGAAGGGGGUGUGGGGCAUGUGGAACUCCUGCAGGAAGUUGUGCCCAAGGAGAAAGUGGUACCCAUCCCAGAGGGCAGUGCCUUCUUCUGCCUCAGCCAGACCAACCCGCUAAGGAAGGCCUGCCACACCCUCAUCCACCAUCACAUCUUCACCAACCUCAUCCUGGUGUUCAUCAUCCUCAGCAGUGUGUCCCUGGCCGCCGAGGAUCCCAUCCGAGCCCACUCCUUCCGCAAUCACAUUCUGGGAUAUUUUGAUUAUGCCUUCACUUCCAUUUUCACCGUGGAGAUUCUACUAAAGAUGACAGUGUUUGGGGCAUUCCUACACCGGGGCUCCUUCUGCCGUAGCUGGUUCAAUCUGUUGGAUCUACUGGUGGUCAGUGUGUCCCUCAUCUCCUUCGGUAUCCACUCCAGCGCCAUCUCUGUGGUGAAGAUUCUCCGAGUACUGCGUGUACUGCGGCCCCUCCGGGCCAUCAACAGGGCUAAAGGACUGAAGCACGUUGUGCAGUGCGUGUUUGUGGCCAUCCGGACCAUCGGGAACAUCAUGAUUGUCACUACACUCUUGCAAUUCAUGUUCGCCUGCAUCGGUGUGCAGCUCUUCAAGGGGAAAUUCUACAGCUGCACUGAUGAGGCCAAACACACCCCAAAGGAAUGCAAAGGAUCCUUCUUGAUCUACCCUGAUGGAGAUGUGUCACGACCCCUGGUUCGGGAGCGGCUCUGGAUUAACAGUGACUUCAACUUUGACAAUGUCCUUUCAGCCAUGAUGGCCCUGUUCACUGUCUCCACCUUCGAAGGCUGGCCUGCGCUGCUAUACAAGGCCAUUGAUGCACACGCAGAAGAUGAGGGUCCCAUCUAUAAUUACCAUGUGGAGAUCUCUGUGUUUUUCAUUGUCUACAUCAUCAUCAUUGCAUUCUUCAUGAUGAAUAUCUUCGUGGGCUUUGUUAUCAUCACCUUCCGAGCCCAGGGCGAGCAGGAAUACCAAAACUGUGAGCUGGACAAGAACCAGCGCCAGUGUGUAGAGUACGCCCUCAAGGCCCAACCACUCCGCCGCUACAUUCCCAAGAACCCGCAUCAGUAUCGUGUGUGGGCCACUGUCAACUCUGCUGCCUUCGAGUACCUCAUGUUUCUGCUCAUCCUGCUCAACACGGUUGCCCUAGCCAUGCAGCACUAUGAACAGACUGCUCCCUUUAACUACGCCAUGGACAUCCUCAACAUGGUCUUCACUGGUCUCUUCACUAUUGAGAUGGUGCUCAAAAUCAUUGCCUUCAAACCCAAGCACUACUUUACUGAUGCCUGGAACACAUUUGAUGCUCUUAUUGUGGUGGGCAGCGUGGUGGACAUUGCCGUCACCGAAGUCAAUAAUGGUGGCCACCUUGGUGAGAGCUCCGAGGACAGCUCCCGCAUUUCCAUCACCUUCUUCCGCCUCUUCCGAGUCAUGCGGCUGGUCAAGCUUCUCAGUAAGGGUGAAGGGAUUCGCACAUUGCUCUGGACAUUCAUCAAAUCCUUCCAGGCCUUGCCCUAUGUGGCGCUUCUUAUCGCUAUGAUAUUCUUCAUCUACGCAGUCAUUGGAAUGCAGAUGUUUGGCAAAGUGGCUCUUCAGGAUGGCACCCAGAUCAAUCGAAACAACAACUUCCAGACCUUCCCGCAGGCUGUGCUUCUUCUGUUCAGGUGCGCCACUGGUGAGGCCUGGCAGGAGAUCAUGCUGGCCAGCCUGCCUGGGAAUCGAUGCGACCCUGAGUCAGACUUUGGCCCUGGUGAGGAAUUCACCUGUGGUAGCAGUUUUGCCAUUGCCUAUUUUAUCAGCUUCUUCAUGCUCUGUGCCUUCUUGAUCAUCAAUCUCUUUGUGGCUGUGAUUAUGGACAACUUUGAUUAUCUCACCAGAGACUGGUCCAUCCUUGGCCCCCAUCACCUGGAUGAAUUCAAGAGGAUCUGGUCUGAAUAUGACCCUGGGGCCAAGGGCCGCAUCAAGCACCUGGAUGUGGUUGCCCUGCUGAGACGCAUCCAGCCCCCGCUGGGAUUUGGGAAGCUGUGUCCACACCGAGUGGCCUGUAAGAGACUUGUAUCAAUGAACGUGCCCCUGAACUCCGAUGGGACAGUGACAUUCAAUGCUACACUCUUUGCCCUGGUCCGGACAUCCCUGAAGAUCAAGACAGAAGGGAACCUGGAGCAAGCCAACCAGGAGCUGCGCAUGGUCAUCAAGAAGAUCUGGAAGCGGAUAAAGCAGAAACUGCUGGAUGAGGUCCUACCCCCUCCAGACGAGGAGGAGGUCACGGUAGGAAAAUUCUACGCCACAUUCCUGAUCCAGGACUACUUCCGCAAAUUCCGGCGCAGGAAAGAAAAGGGGCUCCUAAGCACCGAAGCCCCCCCAAGCACCUCCUCUGUCCUCCAGGCUGGGCUGAGGAGCCUGCAGGACCUGGGACCUGAGAUGCGGCAAGCCCUCACCUGUGACACAGAGGAAGAGGAGGAAGAGAGGCAGGCUGAAGAAGAGGAGGAACAUGAGAAGGACCCAGAAAUACACAAAACCCCUAUGGACUCCCAGCCCUCAUCUCGCCGGGAUUCCAGGAUUUCUGUGUCUCUUCCUACUGGAGACAGACCCCCAGAUUCAGUCAGCGUCGGACCCAGGGAUGAUGGCGGGACUCCUGAUGCCAGACAGCCCAAUGCACCCCAGGCUGCACCCCACAGCCACAGGAGAGACUCUGGCAUGCUCAUGUUCACCAUCCCAGAAGAAGGAAGUUCUCAGCUCACGGGAACUAGAGGGCAAGACAAGCAGGACGAGCAAGAGGAAGCGGCCGAGCGGUUCUUCUACGUAGAUGAGCAGGCAGGGACUCCCCCGAAUGCAGUCCUCUUGCCACCUCAGAGACCCCAGCGAUAUGUGAAUGGACACCAUGCACCACGCCGCCGCCUGCUGCCCCCCACACCUGCAGGCCGCAAGCCCUCCUUCACCAUCCAGUGUCUGCAGCGCCAGGGCAGCUGUGAGGAUCUACCCAUCCCUGGCACCUACCAUCGAGGGCGCAACUCAGGGUCCAGCAGGGCACAGGGUUCCUGGGCCACCCCUCCUCAGCAGGGCCGGCUCCUGUAUGCCCCACUGUUGCUGGUGGAGGAAGGAGCCACUGGGGAGGGAUACCUCAGCAAAUCCGGCCGGCCACUGCGUACCUUCACCUGCCUGCAUGUACCUGGAACCCACUCGAACCCAGGCCAUGGCAAGAGAGGCAGUGCCGACAGCUUGGUGGAAGCUGUGCUCAUAUCAGAAGGCCUGGGCCUCUUUGCCCGAGACCCGCGCUUUGUAGCCCUGGCCAAACAGGAAAUCGCAGACGCGUGUCGCCUGACACUGGAUGAGAUGGACAGUGCUGCAAGUGACCUGUUGGCACAGGGGACCAGCUCCUUCUACAGCGACGAGGAGUCCAUCCUCUCGCGCUUGGAUGAUGAGGACCUGGGGGAUGAAAUGACCUGCAUCGGUGCCCUCUGA